AAUUAUUUUUUUCUCAACGAUCCAAUAACUGAUCUUUCCUUUACAGCCGGCAACUCAUCUGAAGUCAACCUAAAUGGUUGGAGUGGAUAUUUUUGGAGCCCUAAUUUUCCCAACAACUUCCCAACAAGCAGAACAUCCACAUGGAAUAUCACGGUACCCAGUGGGAAAAUUAUCAAACUGAUCUUUUUGAACUUCACCCUGGUAACAGGUGAAAACGAUGACUGCGCUGGAGCAGUACCAACGAGUGCCCGUGUUUUUAUAUCAAACGUUGCUUCCCAUAACGGAAAGCGUGGUGACUUUAAGAUUUGUGGUCAAAAGCUUCCUCCUCCUGUUUACUCAGAUGGAAACUUCCUUCGAGUGACAUUUGAAUCCCGCGCCACCGUAAACAAAGGAUUCAAUGCAUCUUUUGAGGCGAUAGAUAGAGAUACACGUAAGAGUUUUUUGUCGUGUAUAUUUUGAUAUUUUUAUAAAAAAUAAAGGUACUCUCUCUGUCUCUCUCUCUAAGGUGGUUUGUGGUGUUCUAUCUAAAAAGGCCUUCAGCGUGAUGCUGUCAAUCUGACAGCCCCGGUACUUUGUUCAUAAGGAGCCUCAUGACUGGUGAGAAAGAGAGACAGACAUAGAGACAAACAGACAGACAGACACACAGAGGGACAGACAGAGAAAGAGAGAGAGGGAGACAGACAGACAGAGACAGAGAAAGAGAGAGAAGCUUUAAUCGCACAUUUCAUUAUCGCAAAUAAACGAAAGCUCGAUUUACGUGAACUCAGUAAUUACAGUAGAUAAGAGACAUUGUCCUGAACCUCACGUAGACUUUUUAAUUUUUUUCAGUGUGUCCUACAGAUAUGAUCCUCGAUGAAACAUCAGGUUCUUUCUCCUCUCCCUUUCAUCCAAGAAACUAUCCAGUCAACCAGAAAUGCAGCUGGAAGAUUAUAGGGAAACAAGGAUACCGUGUUGAGCUCACAAUACCAGACUAUAAACUUGAAAUUUGUUGUGGCGCCGCGUGCGUGUAUGAUUAUAUAGAAGUUCAGAAUAGCUUCAGUUUUGUAGCGCUACCUGGAAAACUAUGCGGCACACCAAGGUUUAUUCCUGUAAAAUUUUAUUCACUACACGAAAGCCUGAGGGUGCUGUUUGUGUCCGAUGGAAGCAGGGAUUAUGGCGGAUUUGGGGCAACUUACAAGCUGUUGAACUACAGUCCUCCAAGUAAGUAGCAUAUAUAUAUGAUCGUCAGUCCGUCUUUUCCAUGAAACAUGCUUAUGCAGCAUCAAAAUAAAAAAAUAGCUGCAAAAAGAGCAAAUGAAAAAAUGAUUCAAUACAGUUAGAAUAGAGAACGCCAUUUUUCAAGAAAGUGAUUUGGGGUUAGUGGAAUAUGUUAUAACGAAUCAUCUGCCUGGUCAUUAAGUCUGCCUCCAUGAAAGAAGAGCUGUUUUAUAUUGUUAGUAUGAAACAAAAAUUUUAGACAUACGGGUCGCUUUUCGGAUGGUUCCCUUGCUAGCUAAUCCCAUUAAGGAGGUUUUGCGGUUUUGGCUAUUUUUUCCAGAGCUAUAGCUAUUUGUGACUGCAAAAUUACAAUCCUAUUGAGCACUUUUGUGCGGAUUUCACUAGUUUAACUAGGGUCCAUUACCAGCUGCUGUGUCCGCAGAGACCACGCUCGAGGCCCUCGAAAGAGCAGCUGUUAAUUUAAGCAGAUACUAGAAGAUACGAAUGCCAAGUUCAUGGCGUUCAUAAAUCCUGUAAUGAAAUAAGUAUAGUUUACUCUGUAUGCUGCACUUGUCACCACUGUAUCGGAUCGAUCAGGGUUUUAAUAACUGGGAUAUGAAAAUGUAUCGGUUUUGACAGUUUUGCAUGCGGUUUUCGGUUUUGAUCGAAUUUUUUUUUCCGGUUGUUCGGUUUUGGACGAUUUUUUCUACGGUUUUGCGGUUUCUAAAAGGCCUCAAUGCCUCCCUCAUUAAGAAUAUCUGUUAAGGUGCCUUCCCUCUCGAGUGACAUUCGUCCGGAACAAAAGAGGAAGGAAUGAUAGCAAUUGUUUUUUCUCCUCUCAGAUAUUUCAACGGAAAUAUUUUUAUUCCAGUUUGUCCAAAGGAAGUAAUUCCUCUUUAUGGUAGCGGAAAGAUAAGGAGCCCGAACUACCCAAUGAGUAACUACACCAUGUUUACCAAUUGUACAUGGAAAAUAACAGGAUCUGCCAGUCAAAAGAUAAAGUUUGCCUUCACUGACUUUGCCCUUAGUCCAUGUGCAACCGAUUGUAAUUCGGAUUCUUGCUCCUAUGUUGAGCUUUACGAUGGUGGCUCAACAAGUUCUCCUUUUCUAGCGCGAUUUUGUGAUGGAUCGAUCCUGAAUGAGACUUUGUCUAAGGGACACGAAAUGUUCGUGAGGUUCCAUUCGGGAAAAACAGUUGAUCGGGGAUUUGAGGCAGAAUAUUAUGUGUCUUGCGAUGGACAAAAAGGUAAGAAAUUAGAAAAAUAG